UAGCAGCUAGAAAGAAGAGCUGUAGAGAAGUAGAAGUUGUACAGUGAUGUUUUGUAAAUUUGUACAUUCGCAUGCUCACGCCCAUGCUUCUAGAAUUAGGAAAUGCAUUUGAUUUUUUUUAGAAAACUCAAAUUUGUUCCGCGUGCUGAAAAUGCUUUUCUGAAUUCCCAUCGUUAUAACUGAUAUCGAAUUAAAUCGUCCUUUUGAAAAAGCACCACAAUAUGAAAUAAUUAGAUAUUAGGGCGUGGUUCGUAAAUUAGAACUAUUUGGCUCUAUAAUCAAUAUGGACCUAACCUAUGGACUGGACCUAACCUAUUAUUUGUUUACAACUCUGCUGUUGUCUAGAACGUUUGUAAAUUCUUUUGCUUCCAAAUUGAGCGGUUUUAAACAUAAAACCGCAUUUCAUUAAUCAAUGGUGUUGUCAACACCAUUGCAGAGUCUUUCAGAGUGUUUCGUAAGAAGAAACAAAAUGUUUUCCAAAGACUACAACUAUUUUAUGGAUUGUGUGCAACGCGCCCUGCAACUUCCAAUUCGCAGCCGAUGUGCAGAACUCACGUUACGACUGGACCGAGCCAGCUUGCAGGAGCUCCACAAUUGCUUCCCUAUUUUAUUGGACAGUAUAUUCGGAACGCAAGGCACCCCCUGCUGGGGCCUUAGAGCGAUAACCGAAAGAGACGGGGAAGAUUACAGACAGCUCAAUCAUUUUCUUUCGCCCAGGGGUCCACUGUUUAAUCUAAUUUACCGACUGCUGAAAGAUCCCAAUAUAAAAUACGAGUUUCCUUUGUCGUUCUUACCAGUGAAAAUUAAGCAACUGUUAGAGGCCCCAUCUGGUCAUCCGUUUUACUCCGAGUUAGUCAACACUAAUCCUCAGACUAAGCAGUGUCGGUCAUUGCUGUUAAAUCCGUUUGACUACUACUUUUUCCAUUUUGCUUAUCACUUGAUCAAUCCCUGGCAGCAACGAGCUGGAUCGGCUGUAACUUCAUGGAACACUGUGUAUUAUUGCUUGUGUUGCGAUUAUAUCUUGCAUUUCUUGCCCAUCGACCCGGCAGCCAAAAUACACCCGGAGAUCUACUAUAAUGGUAAAAAUCCUCUUCAGCGAACCUCUCCUCAAUCAAGUGCUCAUCAAGGUUCCCCAAGAACUCCCGGUGGGGCGUACAGUAACCUAAGAGAGGAUCCUGCGGGGAUCAAUUUGCGCAGCCAUCAUCCGAGGAACGAGAUCUGGCGCAGUGAAACUGUCUUGACGGUCUUCACCGAUAUUUGGCUAUAUAACGACUCAGUAGUAAGCCAACCGGCCACCACAACGGAUAUAAAUUAUGCGUUCAGUUCAUCUGCAAUGAGACUCUAUUACAACGAACUUCCCACUGGGGAAUACAUGAGGAUUGUGAGGGUGCUGUUGAAGCAGCUGCACGCUUUUUCCGACAGUGCCAAGUGCGACGACACUUACCUGUGCGAACUGAAGAAGAUUUCCAUCCCAAUGAUUCAGGGCAAGUUUUACGUGUUUAUCCGCAAUCUAAUCUACAAGUGGCCCUUAGACGGAUCGUUUCGACUAGUUUUAGAAUUGUGGUUGACUUACAUCCAACCCUGGAGAUAUCCAGCCAGCAAUUUGAUCAAGCGAUUGGUGAAACAGGACGGAAAUCCGGACGCUGAGGACAUCACUCUAGGCGCAAAUCAACUGCAGAUGAGCCCGACGAUAGAACACUUGCCCUUUAUCGCUAACAAUUUGCUAUGUUACGUUGCCAUUUUUGAGCAGCUCCUUCCCAGGUUCAUGAGGGUGGACUUGGUGAGCCCGAAAAUGUCUCUAAUGCUUUACCGAAUAUCAAAAGUUUUUGACCAGCCCAACUUGCCGAGUCUUUUGCGCGAAGUCGAGCAGUGUCUGGAAAAUGGACAGUCAUCGUCACCCAAGCACAAGAACUACGCAGGCUGGGGCAACCAUAUAACUUUACCCACAUAUCCGGCUCCUUUCAGCGGCAGGUUGGGCAAUAUUUCCCUCCGGAAUAGUCCGAUGGGGCCAAGCGACCAUAAAUGGGCGUCCAUUACCCGGCAGAAGAUUUUCGAACUGGAAGGACCCAAUUUCACCUACAGGCCUCUGUUUGCCAAUCCACCGGCCCAUGAGGUAUACGAACUGCUGGUUCAAAUCAAGAAGUCCAUAGGAUACGCCCAGAACCUAAUUGCGAACAAAGAGCAGGAGGAGAAGGUGCUAUACUCGGGGUUUUGGGGAUCGAUCAAAUAUUUCCUACAAUCCCCAGUUUCCACUGAUGACUUCACCUUGGACGAUAGAAGAAAAGUUCCGGUGUAUUUGGAAGUCGCCUUCAACAACUUGAGAGAAAUGUUUGCCAUUAAUGAAGAGAUCAUUGUGGAUGAAGUCGAGCCUGUACCGACCUCCAAUGGGAACGAAUUUGAAAUGUCCGGCGACUUCAAGUUCUUGACACCAGAAAAAGUGCGCCAGCGACUGAAAACUAUUAGAUACGAUGGCGAUCCUGAUUUAGAGCCGAUAAAGUCUACCGAAUGUACUUUCAUGGUUCGCGCGUUGUAUCAGCUGGCCACCAAAGUUAACGAAAACUUUGGACCAACGUUUUAUCAGUUGUAUCACAACCCUACCUAUUGGGGCCGCUUCGCCCGGCAGAUUUUAAUGGCGCCAGUUACUGUCCACAACUACGACAAGACAGCGUUGGGAUCUCCGCGCGUCAGCGUUCAUCUCCCUCCACGAAUCAGCUUUCGGUGUUGUGCUAGUUUUAAGUUUAUCAGAUAUUUCAUCCUUGGCGCUUUGAUAGCCUGGUUGAUUUUUGGCUACCGAUUCGAUGCUUAUUUAUUUACUAUAACAUCCAGUUAUUUAUUGUAUAAGAUGCUCAAAGCCAUUCCUAAAAAUAGCCCCAAUUCAACACGGCACGGUUACCCCACACAGGGCUUCGGAAACAUUAGCUUUAGUGAUUCCUUUUAGCCAUAAUUCAUGCGGCAUCUGGCGUUUCACACAAUACAUACGUUAAAGGAAAA